GGAUAUUUUUAUAUUUGCAGGAAUUUCACCUAGAAUCCUUGCUGCUUGCCACUAUAGCCAAAUGUCUGUAUGCGGUGUGCGGUUCGAAUAUGUUUGAUAGGUGUGUGCAGUCUGAUUGCUAUCAUCUAUUUCGCUGUUCAUGCUGCCAACUCGAAGAUUGUCGAGACAUGGGACGAAAAUGAUGAUCUCGCUCGGCACAUUCUCGAAGGGGCUGAAACAGCAGCCGAGAACAAAGCUAGCAUUUCGUCAUCGACGGUGUCGCUAUCUGCCUCGGUCGCCGUUGUUAUUAUCAUCUCACUUGUUAGCGUAUCACUUCUGAUUACAGGUAUCAUAAUCGUUGCGAUCACUGUCGAUCCUACAACAGCCGAAGAUGAGUCGGACGUUGAAUGGGACAGUCCACGGAGAAGAGAUGAGGCACGCAUCUGGCACUAGUGCACUUGAGAACCUUCGUUACGUGGGUGUUGUUGCUCACGGACUGGGGACAGUCCUUCCCAACUGCAUAUCUUCUUCUCAUUGUUCUCAUUGACAGCACGUAGACGCGGAGAGCGCUGAGCUGUUGUCCGUCGACGUGAUCGACGAGCCAAAGUGUUACUACUCAGGAGAGUUGUUUCAUGAGUUAUGAGUAUUGAGGCUAUGAUUUCACUUAGUUUGGGGGUGUCGCAUUAAACGGUGCGCACUCGGCAUCUGGUUUAGCGUACGCAAAAUGGACGUCUUUUUACACUUAUAUCAUGCGUAUCUGAGUUGUCGCUGUGCUACUGGGUAGUGCGCCACCUUUCGCAGCCUAUGCGUUAUUGUAGUCGUUGUAGAAAUCUUAACUGUGAACUACUUUAUUGCCUGAGAUCUUGCCUGAAAAUGUCUUUGACGUUUAUCGAUUCCGAUGCUUCCUUUGAUCUGUACUGAUAUUUUCGAGUAUUUUCUGCCUAAAGAUGAAGACAUAAUCAUUAUUUUAUUAGCAUGAGAUUCAUUUUGAACAAAGAGGAGUUGUAUUUAAGCUAGAUUUUAGCGUAGUAUUUGACAAGAUUCUUCCCUUAUAUGGUCAGCUGGCUCAAGUUUACUAUUGUAUCACAAUCUUCUCUGCAACUUCAAUUCACUUUACAAGAUAAUAAUUUAUUUAGUUGAGCUAAUUUGAAUCUUCUGCCAUGAUCUUUUCUUCUGACUGAUGACUUUGGUGCAAAUCAUAUUUUGCAUCUGAAUAAAGAG